CUACGGUUUGUGUUCAAUAAAUAACUUAUAAUUAAUGUAAUAUGGAAACAAGCAGCUCAGAUUUGACGACAAAAAUGGUGGCAAAUACGCAGCAGCUACUGCAACCUGUAAAUGAAAGCAAUCCCAUAGUUUACUUUGAUAUCAGCAUCGGGCAGGAAAGGGCGGGUCGCAUGAUAAUUGAACUGCGCAAGGAUGUUGUGCCUAUAACAGCGGAAAAUUUCCGUGCGCUCUGCACGGGUGAAAAAGGCAUUGGGCAACUGGGUAAACCACUGCACUACAAGGGAACGAGAUUUCACAAGAUUAAGAGAGUGUUUGCUGUGCAAGGCGGCGAUCUGGUUAAAAAUGAUGGCACCAGUGGAGAGAGCAUCUACGGCCCAAUCUUUCCAGAUGAAAACUUUGACCUGACUCACAAUGAAGAGGGUGUGGUUAGCAUGGCCAACUAUGGCAAGCCAAACACAAAUAGCUCGCAAUUCUUUAUCACAGCCGUGGGCUGUGAGAAUCUGAAUGGCACCAAUGUGGUUGUGGGUCGUGUGCUGCGUGGACUUGCCAUUGUGGCUGAAAUGGAACAGAACUGCAACGAUGAAGGCGAUACUACUGCGGACAUAACAAUAACAGAAUGCGGCGAGCUGGCAGCAGGCGAAGAUUGGAGCAUGGAGUGUAAUGACGGCACUGCAGACAAGCUACCGCCGUAUCCGCAAGACUGGACGGGCAAGUUUCACAAGCAAACACUUGAUGCAUCGCUGGCGCUGCUCACAUGUCUGCGACAGGCGGGCAAUCACUUUUUUCAAUUGGGUCAUUAUUAUGAAGCGCGUGCCAAAUACCGCAAGGCCAAUCGUUACUAUGCAAUGCUACGAAAUAGCUUUACAUUACAGCAGACUAAACGCAGUCAAAUCGAUGAAAAUCUGCGCAAGCUGGAUGACUUCUCGGUGGUGAACAACAUCAAUAUGGCAGCGGUGGAACUGAAGCUAGAAAACUAUCUGUAUGCCAAAUAUGAAUGCACGGAGGCUAUACGAUUAGAUGCGAACUGCAGCAAGGCGUUUUAUAGGCGUGGACAGGCGCAACGUGCCAUGCGUAAUUAUGAGGAGGCCAUCAACGACUUGAAGCGUGCCAACACGCUCCUGCCGGAAAACAAACAAAUUCUUAAUGAGCUGAACAGCGCCAAACAAUUGUUAGCUGAAUACAAUAGACAGCAACGCAAUGCGCUCAAGAAACUUUUUAACUAAAUUUUAAGCGUAUAAACAUAUAUAUUUUUGACAAAUGGAAUUAUUGCUCUAUUUAGCCUUAAGAUAUUCACGUUGAAUGUGAAACAAAGUAUACAAAAAUACUUUAUUCUUAAAUGUUUUUACUUUAUACACGCUGGGGUAUGUCGUUGCUAAAUGUUUAUAACUAAAUCAAUAAGACAGACAUGAAUCUAUAAUUGUUAAUGUAAGUAUAUAUAUAUUUUGUUAUUAAAUCGUACCUAUAAACAGAUUUGUUCAUAUACAGUAAUGCUUGCUCUACGCUCAACUGAAUGUUAGCUUUAUAUAAUUAUAAACUAAUGAGCUUAAAAACUGCAGCUUAAUUUUAACCAUAUGUAAAGUUGCUCUAGAAUUAAAGAUUUGUCACAAUGUC